GUGAGCUGCCUGGCGUGGGGGCCUCAAGCUCGGUCUCACCCCGACUUCCGAAGCGGAACCUGACCUGCUGCUGCUCCGCGGUGCACUCGCUCGCCCACCGGGCCAGGUUUGCAGCUUCUGCGUCCCUUUUGGAGCUUGGGCACCAUGCGGAGGUAGCAUGUUCCCAGCGUUGACGACGGAGCCCAAGCAGCCCCUGCCCGACCCCUACGAGGACUUCAUGCGCCGUCACCUGCAAUAUUACGGAUACUUCCGAGUGCAGAGUGGUGGCCAGGCCAGUUCCACCUUCCAGCAGCGAGACCAGCAGAGCUCAUGCCACGGAGAGAAGGAGCAUGGGGCCUGCAAGGGCCUUCGAGAGGAGAAGCUGGAGCCUCCGCGGGCACUGGUACCCAGCUCCCCAGCGGUCAGGAGCAGACAGCUCCUCCACGACGGUGACAAGGUGGACAGGGUGGCCCCUCGGCUCCGCAAGCCCCGUGAGCUCUUCCCCAUCUUCUCCAGCUGGGGUCCCGCGCAGGCACCGCGCUGGCCUGUUGAGUGUGAGGUCCUCCAGGACAAGGUCCGGCACAUCGAGUGGAUUCCACCAGAACCAGAAUAUUUCUAUCAGCCAACAGGAAAGGAAAAGGUACCCAAAAUUGUCGGCGAGGAGAGAGGAACAGUUGUCUAUCAGUUACAGUCAGUGCCCACGGAAGAUGCCUGCUUCACCAGCUCCCGGGUAGGUGGCAAGCGCGGGGCCGUCCAGCAGCUCGCUGUGUCCCUGUGUGGCCCAGAAGACGACACGCUGCUCUUUGAGUCGAGGUUUGAGAGUGGCAACUUGCAAAAAGCCGUGAGAGUGGACACCUACGUGUACGAGCUCACCCUGCGCCCCGACCUCUACACGGACCGGCACACGCAGUGGUUUUAUUUCCGCGUGCAGAACACCCGGCGGGGCGUACCCUACCGCUUCACCAUCGUCAACCUGAGCAAGCCGCGGAGCCUGUAUGCGGCGGGGCUGCGGCCGCUGCUGUACUCGCAGCGCGACGCGAGCCGCCACGGGGUCGGGUGGCGCCGGGAGGGCAGCGACAUCCGCUACUUCCGCCGCGGCGCUGGGGGCGAGGGGCGGCCGCGCUUCGCCCUCACCUGGACGGCGCGCUUCCCGCACGACCGCGACACCUGCUUCCUGGCGCACGGCUACCCGUACACCUACUCGGACCUGCAGCGCUACCUGCGCGCCGUGGCCCGCGACCCCGCACGGGCUCGCGUGUGCCGCCUCCGCGCGCUGUGCCGCAGCCUGGCGGGCAACCCCGUGUACCUGCUCACGGUCACCAACCCCGCCGCCCGGCCCCGCCGCGCCGCCGCCAAGCGAGCCGUGGUGCUGAGUGCCAGGGUGCACCCGGGCGAGAGCGGCGGCUCCUGGGUGAUGCGCGGCUUCCUGGACUUCAUCCUGGGCGGCUCCCCUGACGCCCAGCUCCUCCGGGACCUCUUCGUUUUCAAGGUGGUCCCCAUGCUGAACCCCGACGGCGUGAUCGUGGGGAACCACCGGUGCUCGCUGGCCGGCCGGGACCUGAACCGCCACUACAGGACCCUGCUGAAGGACUCCUUCCCCUGCGUCUGGUACACCAGGAACAUGAUCCAAAGACUUCUGGAGGAACGGGAGGUUCUCUUGUAUUGCGACUUCCACGGACACAGCCGCAAGAACAACGUCUUCCUGUACGGCUGUAGCAGCAACGACCCCAGGCACUGGCUGCACGAGCGGGUCUUCCCGCUCAUGCUAAGCAAGAAUGCCCCAGACAAGUUCUCUUUUCACAGUUGCAAUUUUAAAGUCCAGAAGAGCAGAGAGGGCACAGGCCGCGUGGUGAUGUGGCGCAUGGGCAUCCGCAACAGCUACACCCUGGAGUCCACCUUUGGGGGCUCCACGCUGGGCAGUAGAAGAGACACUCACCUCACCACAGAGGACCUUAAGGCUCUGGGACAUCUCUUCUGUGACACCCUCCUGGACUUCUGUGACCCUGACCAAACCAAGUUCACUCAGUGUCUAGCAGAGCUUACAGAGCUUGUAAACCAGGAAAUCCAUAAGAAACUCAAUGAGCUUGGACAAGAUAUGAAUGUAGAAGAAAGUUGGAGGGACAUCCAUUUAUCUGACAUUGAAUCCAGCACCAGUGGUUCGGACAGCUCCCUCUCAGAUGGGCUCCCCGCCCACUUACUGACCAAGGCAGAGGAGGUGAAUCAAAAAAUGAAGAUGCCUGAGAAGAAGAAAAAGAAGCCACUGCAGACCAGACAGCAGCGGAAUGAGCAGUAUCGGAGUGAGCGCUUGACCAAGGAGCUCCAGGCCACAGGAGAGGGUCCUGGAAAAGGCCUGGAUUCCUCUCCCGGAGGGGACCAGAGAGGAGAGGGGCAGGACAAGGUGAGGGCGCACGUCGCCACCACCCUGCAGAAGCAGCCAGCCUUUCCUAAACACCCGGAGAGCUCCAGGUCUUCGGCAGGGACACAGGAGAAUCCAGGACUCCGCCAGGUAACACCGUUGUGUGGUGGAAGAGACAGUGAUGCUGCCCUGGGCCAGCCAGUGCCUCCGCUGAUCCUGCCAAAGGACAAGGAGCGAGGACAACAGGGGCAGAACUCAGGUGCUCCAGACCCCCGCGCCCCCGAGAGCCAUAGCAACGCCAGCCGAGAGCAAGUGCCCAAGCUGCAGCGGAGCCCCAGGAGAGGUGGCAGCCUGGUGGCCUACCCAGCCCUGCACGUGUGCACUUACCCGAGCCCCUAGGUCCCUGCUGCCUUCAGAGUGCGGCAGCAGGGGAGGGGCUCUGGCAGCGCUCUUGGGUGCUCCGCCC